AUGGCACAACAGAAUAUGUAUACCAACAGUGCAUUUAAAGGCUUAGGAUGCUCGCAGGGAAUGCAAAAGAUUCGGGUUCGACUCCCGGCCGAGAUAAACAGUUUAUUCGCUGCAAAAAAACUUUGCAACAACAUAAACAUACAUACUGAAGUUAAACCCUACAAAUGCGAAACGUGUGAUAAAACGUUUCAGUAUAAAUCACAAUUACGUGAACAUGCGAGAAUCCAUACACAUAAAAAACUUUAUCAAUGCGAGUUUUGUGAAAAAGCAUUUAAACGAAAAUCAUAUCUAAACAUGCACAAGCUGUCACAGCAUUGCAAUGGUGUAUGUAAAAAUUACAAGUGUAUUGUGUGUAAGAAAAAUUUCAAAACUCAGCAGGAUUUGUAUUAUCAUGUGGACACGGAUCAUUCUGACAGUACAUUCAGAAAGUACAAAUGUGAUCAAUGUCCAUCUACAUUUAUCCACCUUAUGUACUUAAAACAGCACAUGAAAAUACAUAUAGGCGAGAAACCGUAUGUUUGCGAGAGUCACACAAAUGGCAUUACCUGUAUGACAAGUCAAGAACAAACUGCAACUGACAACAAAUAA